UAGUGGCUAGCACGGCCCAGUUCAUUUUGGUUGAGGGAAGGUGACAUUUGUGGUAUAUGCUAUGGUAUGUGAAAGUGGGGGAAAGGAACGGUAAAUAAACAACAUGUCUUCUCUGGGAAGAACUGUGGGAGUGUUCCGAUCCGGAAUGCGGCUUCUACGACGGGGCCCUCAGAAAAUUGUCGUCAGAAAAGCUGGCGGUGGCCCGCACAUUGAGCCCCAGUACAGGCAGUUUCCUCAGAUCACCAAGAAUCAGCUGUUCCAGGCAGAGCUGCUCAGUAGCGCCAUGUGGUUCUGGAUCCUGUGGCACUUCUGGCAUGAACCUGAUGCAGUAUUCGGCCACUUCCCCUGGCCUGAUACCUCUCAGUGGACUGAUGAAGAGCUGGGCAUCCCACCACUUGGCGAGGGGGAGGAAGAGGUGGAGGAGGAUGAAGAUGACUGACUGACUAGAGAGACGCACUAACUUGUGACCCUGUUUUGAGGCUGUUCCUCAGUGUGCUGGGCUACUGCUGAGGAGUUGGACCCACGUCUUCAGUUGGAUGAGCUGAAAGACUUCAGCAUUGUACAUAGAGCAAUAAAGUAAACUUCUGUCUGUC